UUCAGCGAUUGGAGAUCUUUAUUGUCAUUGAGUAAAAUUUGCUGUUUAAAUUAAUAUUUUAUGUUUUAGAAAUUCGGCGAGAUUUGCAGGAAACCACAAGAAUUUUGGUUGAUGUUAUUACUAGAAUUCUGUGAAGAUGUCAGGCUUUAGAAGGGGACCGUCAGGUUUUGGCAAUUUUGGUAAACGGAAAGCCUUUGACAAUUAUGGAGGCCCCGAAAAAUACCCCAGAGGGGAUUGGGGAGGUGGUGGUGGAUAUUACGACGGUUAUGGUGAUGGUUAUGGUGGACCUGGACCUCGUGCUGGGUAUGGUGGAGGACCAUCAAGUUAUCCACCCUAUGGUGGUGGUGGCUAUAAUCCCCACAAAGAAAUGCAGAAAAUGGAAAUGAUGAAACAGAUAGCUCAGUUGGAAUCGGAACUAGAUGCCGAUUACUAUCAUGAUGUAUGGGAAGGAGAUAGAGGAUGGAGGGGUGGGAGAAGGGAACGGAUGAAUGAGGGCUGGAGAGGGUCUGAUAGAAGAUCGUCUGGUGGUCGGUCUGAUGGUGGAAGAAGAUCUGGUAGAGGUAGUGGAAAGGGGUCACGAUCACUGGAAGAUGAGCAAGAUCCUUAUUAUGAUUCCUAUGGCCGUGGCGUUAGAAUUCAGAGUAAAACAACACCAGAUCCCAAACAAGCGAAACCAGGACAGAAAGAGACUAGAUAUCGUGGCCGAAAUCGAGGAAAAGAUAAACAGGAUCGAAUGGAAAUAUGUGGUAUUCCCAGUAAAGAAACUGUUCAGAAAUUAAUGCAUUUCAUGAAAAGUUUUCCUGAUAAAGAUGAUCCUAUUUCUACUCUUCUGGAAGGAGUUGAAGCCAGUGGUGUCAAUGUCGAGGCCACUUUUAGAUCUGCUUACGUGUAUCUCGAUGGCCUCCUCAUUGGUCACUCCCUGCAAAAGCCUAUUCGCUUUUCUGCAUUUAGAGAUGCUCUUACAUGCUUGCGACGGAACACAGUUGAAGAAAUUUUCGCAAGAAGCGAAAAACUUCUGAAAAACGAAGAGAGGAUUUUUUUGCAUGCUACUUUGGUUUCACCGAUAUCUUUCUCUGAAAAACCAUUCGAGGAGCGUCUGAGCCUGUUGAUGGAUGAAAUAAAAGAAUGCGAUCGAAUCGGAACAACUUUUAAUGUUUUUAGUGCUAAGUAUUUUAUUAAUCUUGCUCAUCUGAUCGUCAAAUUGCCUACUACCGGUGCUCCGAAAGAGGACUUGUAUGACAGUCGACUGUACGCAAAUGAGUUGUUCCUAGCCAAUGCUAGAGGCCGCACGACAAACAAUGUGACAUUCAACAUGUAUAACAACGUAAAGACGCUAUUUACAGAGAAAACCGUUGAAGACAUCUUACAACAUGAGAAAAGUUUCCAGGAUGAUUUGAAGAAUAUGACGGUAGAGAGUAUAAUGUACAGAGGAUGUGGUGCCGUAGAGGAAGAUAAUACACUUCAGUUACGAGCAUUCCGACAGUUACAUCAGUGGUUACCACCACCCAAGCUAGAAGAACUUGUUGUCAUCGAUAAAGAUGCGUGGAGUAAUUCACCAUUUGAAACAAUAGAGGAAGGGUGUAGAAGGUGUGGUCUCACGAUGAAAUGGAAUUUAGACACAGUUCCACCAUCAACUGUUAAAUUAUCAGACUACAGAGUUUUAAAAGAGGAGGAUCCUAAGAAUGAGUUGGUGUGCCAAUGGUUUUCUUCAAUAUCUAAAGCCAUCAGCACAGCUAAAGUAGACAAGCUCAACAUGUUCACGUGUAAAUUAGAAAUAGAAGGUACUAAGAUAGGAGAGGGUGUUGGUACCACCAGAAAAGAAGCUAUUAGAUCAGCAGCUUGUAAAGCAUUGAGUAGUCUCGUUAAAACACAGACUAUUGUCAGGUUUUCCAAUAAGAAAAUGUAUGGAAACUUGAAAGAAAUCCAGUUCAAUGACAUGAAGCAGGAGGCCAUAAAGCUACGAGAGGAGAUGCCUGAACCUCCGAACUUCGAUGAUUUCUUUAUGGAGAUAGAUGAAGGCUAUCAUGAUAAAGAUGAGGAUGAUGAAAAUCAAGAUGGGUUAGAGCCGAAAGGCAUGUCGGAAGAUAAAAAUGAUAAAGACAGUGAUAAAAAAGACGAAGAAUCCACCAAGGCCGAAGACGCUGGGGUUAAAACUGAAGAAACUUCAACCAAAGAAGAAGAAAAAAACGAAGACAAUAGCGAGUCCGUUAAAAAUGAAGACGGUUCGACCAAAGAAGAAGAAGAAAAGGAUGAUGAAAACAGUAAAUCAGAGAAAAAUGGUUCGACCGAUGGCAAAAAGAAAGUGAAAUAUUCGUUAACUGAUCCUUUUUUAGCAGACAUGAAAGAAUUAGAAGAAUUGAUGCCGUGGAUAAAAGAAGUCAUCAAAAGAAAGAUGGAGGCAUUUAUCAAUUCCGAUUCCUUUUUCGGUGUCAUGGUGUUUAAUGUCCGACAGCCCGAUUUUGUUCGUUUGUUCAUACGAAUCUGCUGCUAUAAAUAUCGCUUGUUCACGCUGCGGAACAGAAACGAAAAAACAACUAAAAUCGUUAUUCAAAGAAACAAUCCUAAUUUUACACUGAAGCAAAUCGCGGAGAAGUUGGUGAAUUGUGAGUUAAACUCUAAAGAUGGCUACACCUUGAUACAGAUGAGGCAAGCAGAUGGAACUGUUAAACAAUAUCAAUCUAAACCUCCAAGACGAAGGAGGUAAAUCAACAUUGAAAAUCAUAUUCAAAUUGUUUCAUUUUUUAGUGUAGGUUGUUUCUUGCUGAAUUUUCUCCCCUGAGCCUAUCAUGGAAUUAGAAAUUGAAAAUCAUUUUUCACGAAAGGGAAAUAAACAUUGAAAAUCAUUUUAUUAUAUUGUUCUAUUCAGAUUAUUUCAUUUUUUAGUGUAAAUGUUCCUAAUGUGUAGAUUGUUUCUUGUUGAAUUGUCUCCCAUGGAUGGAGAGUUUUGUGCACUCCAGUCCCAAAGCAUGAUUUCAUUAAGUGUUUUGUGUACCCUGAGGUGUAGGUUUAGUUUUCCACCCAUAAUGUUAGUUUGUCUGGAAUUAAAAAUAUUGAGUUCUGAAGUUAUAACUCAUGGUGAAUGUUUACGUCUCUAUGACCAUUCGUUAAUGAUAACUCAAGCAAUGACGUUGGAUUCUAAGUGAAUCAUCCUCGGUUUAUCUAUCAGACGGAUCUGGGUUUCUGAGAACAAGGUCUUGUUGGGUACCAAGUUCUCGUAUAGUUUCAAGCACAAGAGAAUAUUUGUUGAAACAAUGUGCUAACAAGCGAUUCUAUUCCAUAUACCAUUAUUUGUGUUUUUAGUUCAACACUAUCAUUUUAGUCAUAACUGCAAUUUCCACAAGGUAGGCGUGGUGGCUCAGUGAGUAGACGUGGCUCGCUAACCUGGAGGUCAUGUGUUUGAUCCAGGUGUUGGCUAAGAAAGUUCAUUGGGAUUUUUAAGCCUGGUUCCCCCCUUGUCAAUGGUGCAGGACAUAAGGCCUGGCAAUCCCUAUUUCAGUUCUUUUCAUAUACCACAAGGGAUAAUCCUAAUAGACACUAUAGCCCGGGUAUCAUUUAAUCUUGUCAAUUUAGCACUAAUUUCUUUCACAUUCGUUUCAUAUCAAAUCUUUGUUUAAAUAUUCGUAAAAAUCAUUUAAAAUCACCCAAAAUCAUCUAAUUUAUACUUUUGUCCAGUUUAAAGCUGACUGAUUAAUUUUGAUAAUGAGUGUUCAAUUUUCAAGUAUUUGAUUUCCUGACCACUGUUCAAAAAUUAAUCAUUAUACAUUAAUAAUCGAUAGAUCAAAGAUAGGAUUGUUCCUACUGAGUCCUCGAACUGGUACAUGAAGAUACAUUCAGAUAUGUUUCAGUACGGUCAACACGAUUGCUACGAUUGACUUCAAUAAAUGAUAUGACCUGAUAGGAUCACCACAAUUAAAACCACAAUUUCAAUCAUAGCGCAAAUCGUAAUAGUGGGAAUUGAGCAUAACUAGCAGUGAUAUAGACUAGUUGGAGAAGCUACCUCUUCGUCAUUUUACAUAAAAUUACAAUUUCAAAGAAUUCAACUUUAAAACACAAUUAAUACAAUUAAAUUUAUAGUUUUUAUGGCUAAAACACUUAAAAGUUAUUUACAAUAAUCAUGAUACUGUCAAAUUAUUUUUAAAAAUAUGUUGCUAAUCUGAAAUACCUAGAAAAUGACCUACUGACAAAGACCCUGGUGAUGACCAUUAUGACUUCGUUAUGUUGUAUCGUAGUUUUAGUUUCUUUGUUUAUAUAUUAUUGUCCUGUGUUAUUAUGUUGUUGGAUUUAAGAAUGAAAUACUAUGUAUUAGAUAAGAUAAUGAUCUUCAGCUUGCUUUUUAAUUUUUUCUAGGUUAAUGUCAAUUUGAUUAAAAUACAGAUCCUUUUUCGUUUCGUAUUUUAUAGUUCAAAAUUUCGUUAGUGUUAGUAUACAAUGACCCGGGUCCUCCAUUUUGGUUUACUUGUAUCAAAUAACUAUAUGAUAUGUAAAACUUGACAACGUUAAACUUUAAAUAUGGAUGUUAUGGCGAGUUCUUGGUGUGUGGUGCAUAGAACUGUGGGUAUCCCACUAGAAACAUCAACGCUGAUUGGUUAAUCAGAUGUCUAUCGUCAUAGGGUCAAAUGCAGCUAAUAUGACCCCUGACACGACUUUCCACUACAACUAGUAGUGGAGGACAUUGAAAGUAUAAAAAAAGGAAAUGUAAUAUAGAUCUGUAUUUUAAUCAGUUUGGAUUAAAGUCGGUUAUUAUUGAUGUCAACAUUUUCUUACUCUAUCGGCUUUAAUGGGCAGGUGGGUGGGUUGAGAUCUAUCCGCAGAUCCAGACACAAAUAUAAUCUGCAUAUAGGUUAUGACAUGGGUUAGGAUACAACGACCCUGGUUCUCCAUUUUGGUUAAUUUGUAUUAAAUAACUAUAUGAUAUGUAAAACUUGACGAUGUUAAACUUUUAAUAUGGAUGUAAAUUGUCGCCAACUUCGUCAGUCAGUCUUGAAGGCUUUUUUUUCUCAGAUUUUAUCCAAAUUCUCGUGGAUUUUUGAUUGGAUCAUAAGAGAGAAUCGUAUCUAAAUUAGAACAUUUUUUGAUAGUAAAUUACUUAGUUAUUUCUCCAUUUUAUGAUCCAAUUUAUGAAAUCUUGUGAAAACAGUAAAGGACAGAAGUCACAAGAGAAUAUUCAAACACUUGCUUGAGAUUUUCAUUGAGGCAUAAGGAAGAACCUUAUCAAGAUUCAAACUUUUUAGAUUGUGUAUUACUUUCUGGUCACAUUUUACUUUUAAAUUAGACUAGAAAAUUGUGACAGAGUUCAUAUUGUAUUUUUUUAACCUGCCUUUAGGCAUUUGUUGACAUUGAAUAUUUAGAGCUAGUAGGGGUGACUUGGCUGAAUUUAAAUGUCAUAAAAUAUGUCUGCAUUGCAAAUUUGAAAGUGAAUAUUCUGAUCUGCAUUAUCUAAUUAUGGUUAUUAUCAUGCUAAAGCAAAAACUCCUGAAGUCGUUUUUAAGGACACAAAACACUGAGUACAGAAAUUUUAGUUUAAGACUCAUUGCAUUCUUGUUCCCUCAUAGCACACUAUGUGAUGUAUACCUGUCUGUGUUCAUUAGCCCAGUUGGAGCAGAACAGUAGGAUGUUAAACAUCCAUUUCAUUUCAUUUUGUUAAUAGAAUGAACACCACAGGGGAGCCACAGUAGCUCGGUCAGUAGGAUUUUGACUUGCUAACCUGGAGGACCUGUGUUCGAUCCCAGCAUUGGCUGAAAAAGUUCAUAGGGAUUUUCUGGUGUUGUUCCCCUCUGUCAGUGAUGUGGGACUAAGGGCCUGGCGAGAGACAAGGUAUGGUUUCCCCCCACUGCUAAGGACCCCUUUUAUGAUUGUCAGUAACAUUUAUUAAGGUCGAGGGGGGUUGUUGGGUGGCUGCAUGGUCAACGUGUUGCAUCAUAAGGUCUGUCAUUGAGCCAAGUGGCAUGGUUUCGAUGCCUCGCUUGUAUGCAACAAGGAGUAGGGUUUUCUCUGGGUUGUCUGGGUUCCUCCCACUGCUAUAAUGACCCUGUGCAAUUUAUUGAAAUAAAAUUGAAUCAUAUGUUAAUCCGCAACUGAUCUAGUUUGUGUGAAGUUGAAGGUAAACCCCAUUUCUCUCUCAUUUAAAACACUGUACUAAUUUUUUAAAAAAAUGACUAAGGCAGUUUUAACUUUAGCUUGACAAUAUGAACUAUUUGUCAACUGGAAUCCAGUUCAAUAAAUAAAAAUGUCCAUGCAUCAAAUAUUAUAGAUCAAAUAUAAUCUCAUAUAUUUGUCAUUUAUUUCACCUUUUAUGCAGAUUUAGCUUCAUCCCAUAUUUUUGCUUUGUAUUUUUGUUUUGUAAAUGUAAUGUAAAUUUUAACAAGAUUCAAAUAAAUCUACAGAAUAAUUCCAUUGUUUAGACUAGAGUAUUUCACGAUUGAUGGAGACAAAUUAAUUAAAGAUAUAUAACUUUGA